AUGUUUAUUUAUGAUAGUAAAAUCGAUUUAUGGAUGCCGAAAUGUACAGAGUAUACAUUCUUUGCAAAGAAAGUUUAUGAUGUCUUUCAAGGUCUUCUCUCUCCGAGACCCAUGUAUAUAAAUGCAAUUGAAAACUUCCUCUGUAUGCAUCAUUAUACAAUGUUACUUCUUGGGUACAUCAUCUUGCUUACUCUCGCGUUCACCGCAGAAAUAUCAGCAACAGUGCAUUGUUAUAUAUGUGGCGAUGAGGAAUAUGAUUAUCAGUUAACUGCUGACAAUUUACCGGAUGCAUUAACUGGUUGUUCAAAUUUUACUGCGACACGCAAUUGUUAUAUUACACUCACAUGGGACAAUGGGAAAAGUUCCAUCGGUUCUUUUCACGAUAUUUUGGAUGCGCCGGAAUCAAAGGAAAUGGCUUUCAUGGCUGUAUUGGCUAAUGACAAUCAACCGUAUACUACAUUUCGAUAUUUAUGCGCAACUGAGUUUUGCAAUACACCAGCGAACCUCAAGCGUGCCUUGCGCUCAGCAACCGUAGAACAUUCACUAGUAGAUUUGGUUCCACAGCUAAACAGUAGCAUAACAUUUGAUCCGACUAGCUGCUACAGUUUCCAAAAUGGAUCUGUUUGUUCACCUUCUACCGGUUGUCAACAUUGUCAUAUAACAAUGCGACCCAACUGGAAGAAUGUAACAAGCAUUGAAAUAUGUGCUCGGUGUGAUUCAGCUGGCCGACCUUAUUUUGAAGCGAUGACAUACUUCGAUUUGAUUGAGCGAAAGCGGUACGAUGAUUUCGAUAUUCGAUGUCUAACACCGAAUUGUAACUCGUCGGAUAAUGUUGAAUUGGUUCGUCGAAAGACAAAUUUUCAAUUCAACUAUGACAAAUAUUUCGGUACCAGUCAUGGAAAUAUCCUCACAUCAUCAAUAUUCCUAAUCUUUUCAAUUAUUCAAACAUUUUAUUUAUUUAUUUAA